AUGACGUCAGCAUCCACCAAGGUGGGCGAGAUUUUCUCCGCGGCCGGCGCCGCCUUCACCAAGCUGGGGGAACUGACGAUGCAGCUGCACCCCGUGGCCGACUCGUCCCCCGCCGGGGCCAAGUGGACGGAGACGGAGAUCGAGAUGCUGCGGGCGGCCGUGCGGCGCUUCGGGGACGACCUCAACCGGAUCAGCGCCGUCAUCAAGGAGCGGACGGUGGCGCAGAUCAAAGCCACGGCCAAGCGUAAGGCCUACGAGGACAGUGGGGUGCCCCUGCCCGCCGACUCCCCCAAGAAGGGCCCCAAGAAGGGGCACGGGCUGGGGGGGGCCGUGGCGGCCCCGGCCCUGCCCCCCCCUGCCCAGGCCGGGGGCCCCGCCGGGCUGCAGGACACGCCCGCCCCGCCCAUGAAGAAGCAGAAGGCGUCAGACGUCACGCUCAGCGCCUUGAACGACUCCGACGCCAACAGCGACCUGGUCGACAUUGAGGGGCUGGGGGACGCCCCCCCCGCCAAGAAACUCAACUUCGACCAGGACAGUCUGACCCUGGACCCCGGGCUCCUGAUCACGCCCGGCGACCUGCCCCUGCUGUCCCGCUGA